CUUUGUGCAGAUCAGUGGUGGUUUAAGGAUGGGCUCUCCUCGGGUCUGGUCUCUGCUCUGCUCCUAUCUCAUCGCUGUCCUCUGGGAAACAACCCAAGGUCUACCACUGCAGAUGCCUUCAUGGCCCUGUCUCAGAGACACAGUGACUCUGCGGUGUGUGGGACCCUCCAACAAACACCUGCACUUCAACAAAGAUAGAGUCAUAAUGAAACCAGACACAAACCAUCAGUUUAACCGGACAUCUGAAACAACAGUGGAUCUGAUAAUCCACUCAGCCUCAGAAUCAGACCAGGGCUGGUACUCCUGUGGGAUCGAUGGAGCAAGAGUGUACACAGGGCAAAGACUUACAAUAUACCCAGGCAGAAGUAUUAAUCUGAGCACAGACAGGUUCUUCAUCCCAGAGCGUGGUGGGGUGAGGCUGAGAUGUCAGACACAAUGGAUUCAGAAAUAUCAAUGGAUCAGACGAACUUCUGCUCAUACUUCUCACUUUGAGAUCUUAAAUGAAGAUACAGCCACUAUCUCUGUACAUCGUGGAGGUGUGUACUCCUGCAGAGGAAAACAAGAGCUGAUUCUCACACCUGAAAGUGACUUUGUCACCAUUUGGGAAACUGUGUCAAACAGAGCAGUGGUGCAGCCUGAGCCUGACUGGACAGAGGUGUUUGUUGGAGAGAGUCUGUCUCUCAGGUGUGAGGUGGAGGAUGAAGGAAACACAGAGUGGACUUAUAAAUGGAAUAGGACAGGAGUUAUGUUACCUACAACAGUCAGAGAAUAUGUCCUCUCCAAUGUGUCUGAGUCUGACAGUGGAGACUACAGCUGCAGAGGGACCAGAGGAGCAUAUGAGCAAACACAGUGGAGCCAGGUGACCAAGCUGCAGGUGACCGUGACCAGAGAGGAGAGUGUUCCUGUUUUGGCUGUGAUGAGGCUGGUAGCUGGCAUGAUUGUCCUGCUCAUUCUGUUACUGAUUGUGUGGCACUACUGCACCACCUUUGGAAGGUCCCAGGAAACCAAGUGGACAUCUGCUGAAGAUCAGGCGACCUCUGCUCCUCACGAUCCAUCCACCCAUUCCCAUGAGCUCCAAGUAAUCUACAAGAGAAACAGAGAGCAGGAAGACGACAUUAAGACACAAGAGUCACCUGUCCAUGUGGAACUGGAGCCAUCUCCUCAUCACUUUGGGCCUUUGGUGGGGCACAACAGUGUGACUGUGGAAGCUCCAUCCAUCGAUCCAUGGCUCAGAGACUCAGUGACUGUGCGGUGUGUGGGGUCGACUGUAGACAUGACACAGAUGAACCUCUACAAAGAUGACAGAAUGGUCGACCUCUGCAGAUGCCUUCAUGGGGCCAGAAUCAGAGACACAGUGACUCUGCGGUGUGUGGGACCCUCCAACAAACACCUGCACUUCUACAAAGAUAGAGUCAUAGUGAAACCAGACACAAACCAUCAGUUUAACCGGACAUCUGAAACAACAGUGGAGAUGAUAAUCCUCUCAGCCUCAGAAUCAGACCAGGGCUGGUACUCCUGUGGGAUCGAUGGAGAAACACUGUACACAGGGCAAAGACUUACAAUAUACACAGGCAGAAGUAUUAAUCUGAGCACAGACAGGUUCUUCAUCCCAGAGCGUGGUGGGGUGAGGCUGAGAUGUCAGAUACAAUGGAUUCAGAAAUAUCAAUGGAUCAGACGAACUUCUGCUCAUACUUCUCACUUUGAGAUCUUAAAUGAAGAUACAGCCACUAUCUCUGUACAUCGUGGAGGUGUGUACUCCUGCAGAGGAAAAGAAGAGCUGAUUCUCACACCUGAAAGUGACUUUGUCACCAUUUGGGAAACUGUGUCAAACAGAGCAGUGGUGCAGCCUGAGCCUGACUGGACAGAGGUGUUUGUUGGAGAGAGUCUGUCUCUCAGGUGUGAGGUGGAGGAUGAAGGAAACACAGAGUGGACUUAUGAAUGGAAUAGGACAGGAGUUAUGUUACCUACAACAGUCAGAGAAUAUGUCCUCUCCAAUGUGUCUGAGUCUGACAGUGGAGACUACAGCUGCAGAGGGACCAGAGGAGCAUAUGAGCAAACACAGUGGAGCCAGGUGACCAAGCUGCAGGUGACCGAUAAAUCUGUCCCUGUCAUCUCUGCGUCUCCCUCCUGGUUGAGUCCGGGUGUCUCUGUCUCUCUGAAGUGUGACGUCACAGCGCCCUCUGCAGGAUGGAGGUUUUACUGGUACCGGGCUGUUCCUCUUCCAUCAGGCCUGUACUCAUAUGAACUGCUCACUGGUGACACCUCAGGGACUGCACAUGCCUCCUUCAGUGUUCAUGGUCUGAGCAGCACAAGAGGCUUUGUGUGUCGAGCUGCACGAGGGAGACACUUCUACACUGAAUACAGUCCACCGCGCUUUGUCUGGUCUGCAGAUGGUGGUUCCAGAGUGGCUCCAGAUGUUGUUCCUAACAGCUCACAACACUUCAUCAUGGACUCAGUGUCAGUGAGCUGUGGGCCCGACUCGUCAGAUGAAGAGUGGACAGUCCAGAUGUUUUCCCUGACCACACUGUCCUUACAGCAGUGUCACUCCAACACAACAGAACACAAACACACAUGUGAAUUUUCUGCACCUCAGGAGACCAGAGCAGUGUUCUGGUGUGAGUCUGGGUCUGGACAAAUGUCUGAUGCAGUCAACAUCACUGUUCAUGAUGCUGUGAUCCUGUUGAUCCCGGCGCUCCCUGUGCCUGAGGGACAUGACGUCUCUCUCACCUGUAAACUGGGACAGUCUGCUGCUUUCUCCUCUGUCCAUUUCUAUAAAGAUGGACAAUUAAUCCAAAAUGGAACUUCCAGACAAUACCACAUCUCUGCAGUGUCCAGGUCUGAUCAAGGUUCAUACAAAUGUGAGCUUCAUGACUCUGCAAAAAAACUCCUGUCUUCUCCAGACAGUUGGCUGUCUGUCACAUUGUCAGUGAAGGGGAGCGCUCCAGUUCUUGUGAUCGUGCUGGUUGUGGCUCUUGUGUUUAUUUUAAUUUUAAUCCUGCUGCUGCUUCUAUGGUGUUACAGAAACAAGAAAGAUAAGUGCUCUGAAAGGUCCCGUGCAGCCAAUCAGACCUCUGCUGGAGAUCAUGUGACACACACUUUAACUCCUGAGGAGAUCACCUAUUCCCACAUUGAACUUAAGAAUACAAGAUUGAAGAAAAAAAGGAAUCAGGAAGACACUUGUGUUUAUUCUGAAGUACGGACGCGUUCAGCAGCAGGAGACGACGUGGUAUAUUCUCAAGUAAACAUCCAAAGAAAAAGAAAACCCAAAAUUAAAGAAUCAGAGAAUAUUUCUGCAGAUGAAGCAGUUUAUUCUGAAGUGAAGAAGAAGACUGCAGCAGUGGAUACAGACGGCUCCAGACAUAUCAGUGGUGGUUUAAGGAUGGGCUCUCCUCGGGUCUGGUCUCUGCUCUGCUCCUGUGAGUACAUUCACUUUAAUACAAGUCCAGAGUCAGGCCUUUGUCCACUCUUUACUAUUCUCAUUUCAGAUCUCAUCGCUGUCCUCUGGGAAACAACCCAAGGUAGAAGUAUUAAUCUGAGCACAGACAGGUUCUUCAUCCCAGAGCGUGGUGGGGUGAGGCUGAGCUAUCAGAUAAACGAGAUUGGGAAAUAUCAAUGGAUGAGACGAACUUCUGCUCAUACUUCUCACUUUGAGAUCUUAAGUGAAGAUACAGCCACUAUCUCUGUACAUCGUGGAGGUGUGUACUCCUGCAGAGGAAAAGAAGAGCUGAUUCUCACACCUGAAAGUGACUUUGUCACCAUUUGGGAAACUGUGUCAAACAGAGCAGUGGUGCAGCCUGAGCCUGACUGGACAGAGGUGUUUGUUGGAGAGAGUCUGUCUCUCAGGUGUGAGGUGGAGGAUGAAGGAAACACAGAGUGGACUUAUGAAUGGAAGAGGACAGGAGUUAUGUUACCUACAACAGCCAGAGAAUAUGUCCUCUCCAAUGUGUCUGAGUCUGACAGUGGAGACUACAGCUGCAGAGGGACCAGAGGAGCAUAUGAGCAAACACAGUGGAGCCAGGUGACCAAGCUGCAGGUGACCGGAUGGAGGUUUUACUGGUACCGGGCUGUUCCUCUUCCAUCAGGCCUGUACUCAUAUGAACUGCUCACUGGUGACACCUCAGGGACUGCACAUGCCUCCUUCAGUGUUCAUGGUCUGAGCAGCACAAGAGGCUUUGUGUGUCGAGCUGCACGAGGGAGACACUUCUACACUGAAUACAGUCCACCGCGCUUUGUCUGGUCUGCAGAUGGUGGUUCCAGAGUGGCUCCAGAUGUUGUUCCUAACAGCUCACAACACUUCAUCAUGGACUCAGUGUCAGUGAGCUGUGGGCCCGACUCAACAGAUGAAGAGUGGACAGUCCAGAUGUUUUCCCUGACCACACUGUCCUUACAGCAGUGUCACUCCCACACAACAGAACACAAACACACAUGUGAAUUUUCUGCACCUCAGGAGACCAGAGCAGUGUUCUGGUGUGAGUCUGGGUCUGGACAAAUGUCUGAUGCAGUCAACAUCACUGUUCAUGAUGCUGUGAUCCUGUUGAUCCCGGCGCUCCCUGUGCCUGAGGGACAUGACGUCUCUCUCACCUGUAAACUGGGACAGUCUGCUGCUUUCUCCUCUGUCCAUUUCUAUAAAGAUGGACAAUUAAUCCAAAAAGGAAGUUCCAGACAAUACAACAUCUCUGCAGUGUCCAGGUCUGAUCAAGGUUCAUACAAAUGUGAGCUUCAUGACUCUGCAAAAAAACUCCAGUCUUCUCCAGAGAGUUGGCUGUCUGUCACAUUGUCAGUGAAGGGGAGCGCUCCAGUUCUUGUGAUCGUGCUGGUUGUAGCUCUUGUGUUUAUUUUAAUUUUAAUCCUGCUGCUGCUUCUAUGGUGUUACAGAAACAAGAAAGAUAAGUGCUCUGAAAGACGACGUGGUAUAUUCUCAAGUAAACAUCCAAAGAAAAAGAAAACCCAAAAUUAAAGAAUCAGAGAAUAUUUCUGCAGAUGAAGCAGUUUAUUCUGAAGUGAAGAAGAAGACUGCAGCAGUGGAUACAGACGACUCCAGACAUUAAAACAUCCAGCAUAUUCCCUCCCAUGUUAAAUAGUGAAAAGAAGAUAUUUGUUUUUAUUGAACUGAAAUGAAAGUAAGUGGGAGUGGAUAGGCCCUAUUUCGUCUGUGUCAAGAUUUUAAGGUUUGUUAAGUUGUUGUGUACAGUUUUGUAUCAUGUUUUUGUAUAUUUAUGGAGUAUUGUCGUGUGGGAGCGUGGGUGACAGAGGGUUGUGGACAGAAUCUUACAGCUAACCACAACGAGGGUCUGAAUAGAGCCUGGGAGAGAUUGCUAAAUUACUGAAACAUGCGUGGAUGACAUCUAAAACCUCUUCAGUUGUGUUUUAUGUCAUCUACUAUGUCUUAGCAAAACGAGUAGUCUAAUCUGUCAAAUGCUUUUUAGGCAUACUAAAAAGGGUACUUGACCAUAUCUCAUUCCUACAGGACAUUAUGACAACAAGGGUCAUGAAACUAGAGCUUUCUUUUGUGUAGUCAUUGCAUUUUUCUUUUUUUUUACUGACAGAUGAUUAUUUAUUUCGCUUGUGUGUAUAUAGGACAAAAAUUAUAAAAGC